GGCCUGCCACUCCCAGCAUGCCCCAGCCAGGGAUGCUAUCUGAGUCAUGCUGGGAAUUGUAGGCUUGGUUUUUGUUUUUGUUUUUUUUGCUAUCUAGACAUGCGUUGGAUUACAUUCUCUUAAACGUUUUAACUUGUUGGCUCUUUUGUCAGAACUCAUUUCUUAAAAGUCAUAUAUUAUUCUAGUAGUGGCAAUCUUCAUGAGGUUAAAUUCAUCUACCAGAUGGUCCAAACUCUCCACCCUGGCAAGAAACGGCUCGGGACGGGAGGGAGCCCUGCUGGCCAUCCCAGGGCAGCGCUGCCUCUCCCGCGGCGUGCUCGUCGGUAACGUUUGCAGCGGGAAAGGUUUCCCUUCAGACAGCGCGUGUUGUGUUCCUUUCGUUUCGUUUCUUUUUCUUUUUUAAUCCUGGCAGGCUCCUCAGGAGUGUUGUGAGGAGUCUAGCCAGUUGGUGAGCUCGCUAAUCUAAACCAGCUGUCUCCAGACUGUGGCCUCCUAUUUGCAUUGUUUAACAUACUUAGAAAAUGAAGUGUUCAUUUUUAACAUUCCUCUUCCAAUUGGUUUAAUGCUGAAUUACAGAAGAGAACUAAGCAAAACCAGGUGCUUUCGCUGUAUUCUCUCCAGUGUCUGAGGAGGAGCAGACCUCUCCUUCUCCCUUCCCUCUUCUCCCCUCCUUCCUUCCCUCCUCCUUCCUUCCCCUUCUCUCUCUCUCUGUCUCUGUCUCUCUCUCUUUUCCUCUGUUUCUCUAUGAUCUGGUCUUUCAUUUUCCGUAAUAUAAAUGAUGGCAGGACUGAAGUUCUAGCAAAAGGUUGAAUGUACAGAACUAUUUUAUAGCUAUUCUGCUGUGCGGGCACUAUUUUUCUUCCCUCAGCCUCCCUCAUCACUGUUGGACAUGACAGGAUUAAAAAGGAUAUUGACCGUUUUCUUGGUGGCUGGCUGCCUUAUAAGUCGUGGGAGGACACAGCAACAAUGCUCAAAUGGAUUUGAGAUGGACCGUGCCUCAGGCCAAUGCCUAGAUGUUGAUGAAUGUCGGACUAUUGCUGAGGCCUGUAGGGGAGAUAUGGUGUGCGUUAACCAGAAUGGUGGCUAUUUAUGUAUUCCACAAACAAACCCUGUUUAUCGAUCACCCUAUAUGAAUCCUUAUACAUCUAGCAUAUACCCACCACCUCCCGCUCCUGCUCCCGCUCCCAAUUAUCCGACUGCUGCAAGAGCUCCUAUCAUUUGCCGGUUUGGUUACCAAAUGAAUGAAAACAACCAAUGUGUGGAUGUUGAUGAAUGUGCAUCCGAGUCACAUCAGUGCAACCCCACCCAAAUCUGCAUCAACACUGAAGGAGGAUACACUUGCUCCUGUACUGAGGGAUACUGGCUUUUAGAGGGCCAGUGUUUAGACAUAGAUGAAUGUCGCUAUGGCUACUGUCAGCAACUGUGUGCCAAUGUACCUGGCUCUUACUCCUGUACGUGCAAUCCAGGAUUUGUUUUGAAUGUUGACGGAAGAACAUGCCAAGAUGUGAAUGAAUGUACAACUCGCAAUCCUUGCGUGCAAAACUGUGUCAACACUUUUGGUUCAUUUCUGUGCCGUUGUGAUCCUGGCUACGAAUUGGAGGCUGAUGGCAUUAGUUGUACUGAUAUGGAUGAAUGCAGCUUCUCAGAAUUUCUUUGCCAGCAUGAAUGUGUUAAUCAGCCAGGCAGUUACUACUGCUUCUGCCCUGCUGGUUACGUUCUUCUUGAUGAUACUCGAUGCCAAGAUAUUAACGAAUGUGAGGUUGGGAACCACACCUGCACCUUACAGCAAACAUGCUUCAAUGUCCAAGGAGGAUUCAAAUGCCUGGACCCAGUGAGAUGUGAAGAUCCUUACAUCCUGAUCAACGAAAAUCACUGUAUAUGCCCAGCUGAAAAUCCUGGUUGUAGGGACCAGCCAUUCACCAUUUUGUACAGAGACAUGGAUGUGUCGGGACGCACAGUACCCUCAGAUAUAUUUCAAAUGCAAGCCACAUCUCGCUACCCUGGCGCUUAUUACAUCUUCCAGAUAAAAUCAGGAAACGAAGGCAGAGAAUUCUACAUGCGGCAAACUGGACCCAUCAGUGCCACUCUAGUGUUGACCCGUCCUCUGAAGGGGCCACGAGACAUUCAGCUGGACCUCGAGAUGAUCACUGUUAACACUGUCAUCAACUUCAGGGGAAGUUCUGUCAUCCGACUGAGGAUAUAUGUAUCCCAGUAUCCCUUUUAAGCCUAGAGUUUCAUUGCUUUCUUUAAAAGAAAAACAAACAAGCAGCAGUUGAAAAGGACAUUAUCCCUUUUCUGCCAGAACUUUCUUCUCAGGAGUCACUGCAUCUAAUCACUCAACAUGAAAUCAAUAUUAAAACUUUUCACAAUGGCUCAUAUUACAAGGAUGGGCCAGGCUUACUUAUGGGUUGAAGCCACCUGAGCUUUGCAUUGUCAGUGGAUCCCAUAUACAUUUUUUGUUUCCAUUGAUCAUGUGCUGUAUAAAAAUCUUUUGUCUUGCUUUUCAAACUUUUUGUAGGUUGUGAUUAUAAGCUUAAGAAACUGUGAAAAGCUCUCCACCUUUAUAAUGGCAAUGCUGCUUAGCAAAGGCAUCAGAGAAACCAUGGGAAAAGCUGGCUUUGCUUUCUGCUCUCUUCCUUCAUUUUUUAAAAAGAAAGCAAGAAAAUACCUGUGGAAUUGGGGAAGCAUAAAAAAUUCUCUCAAAAACAUCUGUGGAAUCAUCAGUUCUGAUUCUUUUAUGAGUUUAAAUGGAAUUACUCCCCUGUUGGUCUUGGAUCAGGAUCCACAAAACCAUGUUGUUUUACAUAUUUGUAACAGAAUGUUGGGUUUGUGUUUCUUGAACAGUUGUUUCUUGUGUUUCUACCUUUGCAACCCCCUUUUUAAAACUCCAAAAGCAACUUAUAGCACAGAGAACUGAUGGUCCAAAUCAAAAGGUCAGAAUCUCAUUGUGCAUUCCUAAGCUGCCAGGUAUGCAUAAAGUAGAUUUUUGGAUCGCAACUAUUAAGUGUAAUGGAGUUUUGGAGGAAAUAUAAUAGAUGGUGUAUGUAAUGUCCUUUUUCUCUAUUUAUACUUAAGGCUUCCCUAUCACCAGCCACAGGUAGCCUGUAAGACAAUGCUCCUUUAUGGAAUGGGAAAGCAAACACAUGCAGGUCACAUUUCAGCAGCUUUCAUAGAUGUUCUGCAAAGGAAAUCUGGAAUUUCCUUUGUUCCGUUCUGUACAUAGGGAAAACUGUGCAUGUGCAAAAAAGAGGUAUCCCUGGGAGUGGAAUAGCAUAAAACAUAUGUCCAGUACAAAGAAGAUCCUAGUUCAAUUCCUACUAUGUCCACUUAAAGGAUCUCAGGAAGCAGACUGGGAAAGACCUCUGCCUGAUGCCCUUGAGAGCUGCUACCACCAGGAGUAGAGUACCUGGGGCUAUAUGGACCAGUGGCCUGACCUAGUACAAGGCAGCUUGAUAUGUUGAUCCUCAUAAGUACAUAGAACACUUUUCUGUGAGGAAGAGAUACAGGAACUCUGUAUGCAGUAUAUGUAGUAGCUCGUGUGCCAAAAAGUUAUUAUGCCACAAAACAUUUAUUUGCAUUAAUCUCUUAAAUCUUAAGUAUCCCAGGAUGUGAAAUACUGCACUCUCAUCUGUUUCUGUUAGAUUGCUGCUGUGAUUAAACUGUUAGAAAAAAUAACUUACACUCAUUAGCAAUGUAGGAUCUCAGCCUAGUCUUUUGAUGCACAUCCAAAAUAGCUCCUUUUAAUGCAUUUUAAUGUUAGCACAGUAGCUAACAGACCCAUGGCUAGAAAAUGAACUAAUAUGUGACGAAGUUGACUGUACCUCUCCUGGGAUUUUAGAAGAAAAUAGUUGUGGUUGUACACAUAUUUGGAGAACAUAUUUAUGGAAACAAAAAUUGAAACAACUUAUAUUAGGAGUAUAGCUGUGAAUAAGUCUCCUGCCUUACGUUCAAAGCAUAUCUUGUUCCAUUUUUAAGUGUUUGGGCUUUUCUACAUGAGACAUUUAUUGAGCACUCUUGAUUCCUUACAGUUGUUUGCCUACUGUUUAGAGGAUCUCAUGAACCUCCAGUUUCACUUUUGUUUCUUCAGAGAACUUGGGGGCGGGGUUGGAAGGGUAAAAUGAACAGGGAAAAUGGCACUCUAGCUCCUGGUGUACUUGUGCUAUAGCAAAGCUCCCUCUCGAAGUUGUGUAACUGAAAAGCAGGAAAGGAGGAGCUCCCUUUGAUCUCAGUGCUGCAAUGAAACCAAAAACAUGUUCAGUAUUUUAAGCUUCCCAAGCACUUCUUCAAAGCAAGCAAAGAUGUGUGGCACAAAACAAAGUAAGAAUUAUAUGUAUUGCAUAUAUAGGUUUGGACUCUCAUUAAAUGCCAUCUUAAGCAACUAACAACACAAUCUAUUUUGGAUUCCCAUAAUCCUUAUGAUUCAGAGGAUUACAGGCAAUCCAUCAAAAGCAGGAGAAAUAUGGAACUGAAAAUUGCCAGGAUACCUUAUACCAUGAUGAAACGUCAUUCCUUCCCUCCAUAAUGCCCCCACUAGCAGCUCUAAGGUUGAUUUUACAACCUCAGAGCUACAGCAGGUAAGGAAAGAACAGUCCUGGCUGCAAGGGAGGAUGCUCCAAAUCCAGAAUCCCAGCUCCAACACUGGAGCAAUACUUCCAGGGUUGGGGCUGGAAUGCAGAAUUUUCCUAUGACUAAUCAGACAGUAUCUCCUGCUCAUAGGAAAUAUAGUUUCAAAAAUAUACUAUUUGAACAUUCUGUCACCCAUUUUGUUGAGCCGGCGCAUCAAGAAAAAUGUAUACACCAUAUAUAAAUAUGAUUUGAGCCUCUAGCUUAAAUAUGUGAAUUAACAAGGUUGAAACAUUCUAAUAUGGUUUUCCAUGAGUUUCCACUCCCUUUGGAAUGCAACAGUGAACUAUGGUUUAGCAUUAUGUCCAUGAACAGUAGCAAGUGUCAGACUUCUACACUUCUCCCAACCCAUUCUUUUCAGUGUGAUUGUGAGCAGGAAAUUGGAAGCAUUUGCUUCCUGUUCUAAGCUAACCAGCAUUUCUUGUUAUUGCCAAACUUGAAGAAAACUCUGGUUAGUUUAAACUAUAAAAUAGUGUUUCCAUGUCCUGACUUAUUGGCAAAACAGUAAACCAAUCCUGAGUUAUUGCAGUUCAAGUGAACAAAAAAUGGGAUUUUAAAAAAUGGUUUAAGUUUAAACCAGAACCAUGCUGAAUGAGAGAAAAGGCCCAUCUACUGCUCUGUUGAGAAAGGGUCCAGCAAGCGGCUUCUGGGAAGUACACCAGUAGCUCUUGAGUGCAGUAGCAUCCUCCUGAUGAUCAUGUUCUGUAGCGACUGGCAUACAUAGGCAUGCUAUUUCCUUUUCUGGAAGCAGCACGUACCCAUCACAACUAGUAGCCACUGAUAGCCUAGUCCUCCAUGAAUUUGUAUAGUCUCCAUUUAAAGCCAUCUAAGUUGGUGACCAUCCCUGCAUCCUGUAGAAGUGAAUGCCACAAUUUAACUAUGUACUGCGCAAAGUACUUCUUUUUAUCUGUUCUGAAUCUCCUACAGUUCAUCUUCAUACAUGAUUCCAGGUUCUAGUAUUUUGAAAGAUUCUAAAAGCCUCAUAUUAUGGGUGUAUGCAUUUUUUCCCAUACCAUGCAUAAUUUUGUAAAUAUCAUGUCUCCCCAUUGCCUUUUUUCAAAGCUAAACUAUCCCAGAUGCUGUAAUCUUUUAGAUUGGGGAGUUACUUCACCACCUUGAUAAUUUUGGUGCCUCUUUCCUGCACCUUUCCAACCAUAAUAUGUACAUUUUCGAGACCUGUAGACCAGAACUGUAUGCAGUAUUCCAAGUGUGGUCGCACUAUAGUUUUGUAUAAGGGCAGCACGAUACUGGUGGUUUUAUUUUUGAUUCCUAUUCUAAUUGUGCUUAACAUAGAAUGUGUCUUUUUUCCAGAGCAACCACACACUGUGUCGACACUUUCCUCAAGCUGUCCACCACAAUCCCAAGAUCUCUUUCUUGCUCAGUUAACAAUAUUAUUAUUGUCAUGUAUUUCAUUUUUAUACCACCCCACAACCAAAGCUUUUUGGGCAGUUUACAACUGUUGCUAAACAGUUAAUAAAAAUGCAGACAAUAAAAAUGCAACAAGAAUCAGAAAAAGUUUAAAACCACUAAAAAAGACCAUAACAAAAAGAAACUCAGCAGAAACACGAGGGUAGAAAUACUAGUAGCUCAGUUCCCAUCAUCAUACAUAUGAAGAUGGUAUUUUUUGUACCAACAUCCACUAUUGUACACUUGCUUUCUUAAACACAUUCACCACUUUAAUGCCCAUUAUUUUAACCAUCCUGAGCAAUUCAGUUAUAACAGAAAACUUGGCCUCUUCACUGCCCACUUCUCAUUCCAAACCCAAGGCUCACUGUUACUCUUGCACAUAUUAAACCAUAGUUUAUUGUUAUGUCUUGAAGAGACUGUUAUAUGUGUAUGUGGGCUCAAAUGUCCUACUUGUAGGUUUCCCAUGAACAGCUGGUUAGCCACUGUGCGCAAAGAAUGCUGGAUGGGAUGGACCCUUAAUCUGAUCCAGCACAGCUCUUCUUAUUUCUUAACAUACAGCAGUUGUGUAGUACCCAGAUGUAUAUCUACUGCUACUAAAAUGGCUUUUCCCCCUAGCUCUCAAUAGUAUUUGCAGUUGUUGGGAAAAUGCUACGUUUUCUUGAGCCAGUACUUGCAUUGCAAUGAUUAUCUCUUCCUGACACCCUCCUCUUACUUCCCUCUUUCUACUGCAUUGUGCCAUGAUGAAAUAUUGCAAUGCAAUCAUAAUCAGUGCUACUUCAAGUGAAAUAUUCCUAUGGAAAACAUACAAAAGAAAUUAUUAAUCUCCUGGCAAGUUCUCCAUUAACACCCUGCUGAAAUGACAUUAAUAAGUAAAUAAAAUAAGCCUGUAACACUGGUGGACUUGUGUGGUUGUUAUCCAUUUCAGUGGGGCUUAUGAAGGAGAAUUUCUUAAUGUAUUGUGUUGUUUGACCACAAUCACAGAGGUCACAGCACAUGACUUCUUGUUUCUUCGUUUGCUACAAAAUGCUUACCUCCCUUUCACCCUCCUAUACGUAGGUAAUUACUUAACUCAGAGAAUGGUCAGAUGAUCGUCUUCGAUUUUUGUUGUUGUUGAGCCUGAAAUACUUUAUACAGACCAGCAUAUUGAGCCAUAGCUGUAAUAAUCUUAGAUUUGUGAAAAAAUCUACCAUAUCUGUAAAAAUGCCUUUGGUUUUUUUUUUUUUUUUUUUAGAAAUUAGCAAUCAACCCUUUGGAUUCAUGAUCUAAAAUCUUCUUUACUUAAGACCUGAUGAGUCCCUCACCACUGAAACUCUGAACAGUUUAGAAGGCAUCCAAACCUGCAAUAUACGGGGCAUCCGUUCAAAAAUACAUUUUCUGCCUUUAUUUCUUAGUCCUUAAAAAGGCUUUGAGGCUUGAUUUUCCUAUGCCUUAGCCCUUGCUGCACGGUGACUCAGGAUACAGCAUCAUUGUUCUUCACUAGUGCGCAGUGGCUAUACAUCUUAAUGUAUUCACUACUUUUUGACAAGACUUCUGCAUUCUCAGUGUUUAAGAAUCCUAUGAUUCUAAACAAUUCUGGAACCUUGAAACAAGGUCAAUAAGCAAAAAAAAAAAACCUAGGUUUUUUUUGGGGGGGGGCAAUUGUACAGAAAUGCAAUCAAAAGGCUUUGACACAAGAACAAAUUACAAGAGUCCCAACAGUCUCAUUACCCAUGUGUAUGGGUCCACCAAACAUGUACAUGGAUGUUCAAGGAGAUGAAACAGGCCUCCAUUGGGUCCUAUAGAUUCUUUGUAUAGGAGCACUAUAGCCACAGGGGACUGGAUCGUGUUCAUUGUGUUAUAUGUUGCUUUUGAUUGAUGAAACUGUCAAUAGUGCACUCUUAUAUGACAGUGCAACUAUGCAAAGCAGAGAAGGCUUUGGCUCAAAAUCACAUUGAAAAGUUACUACAUCAGAAAGCUACUGAUGUGGCAAUUAUUCUGGCCACCAUUAAGUUAACUGCUUAUAAUCAAAGGCAGAAAUGCAUUAGUAGGCCUACAAAACAUUCCUUUCUUUGAUUUUAAAAGGGAUGCUUCCUCUUCAAGUGGGGUAAUACUGAGUCAAUAAUGUGGUUUUUGGGAACAGCAUUAUCAUUGCAAUAAAUGGCUAGUUUGUAUAUCUGUCUCAGGAAGAGAGAGAACAAAGCAGCUGUUAAAAUAUUUAUGAAUGCCCAAGUUAUUCUGCAAGAAGCUACAAGGAAGAAGACUAAAUUAUACUUUGUUUUGGUAAUAUUAGUAAUCAUCUUUUAAUUAUUUACAUAUUCACAAACAGGCCAUUUGAAGUCAAGAAAAUAGGUCUGGUUUCCAGAUUAUAGCUUAUGUCUGCAACUAUUUCCCAGGGGCAAAUAAAAUAAAUCUUAUUCUUUACUCCAUUGCAAUGCACCUCACAUGUGCCUGCUAAUUAAUAUAUAACCAAUAAAAUAUCCAUUAUUAAGACAGGCAGGCUACAUACCUAUCUGGAAGAAGGGCUCCCCCAACAUUCCUUUCAGGAUGGGCUGGGCCAGCAAAUGUUAGAGACUACCCACUAUAUGUGAAUCAAAGGGUAGCACUUUAUCCCCUCUAAGAUGAAGUUGCAACAAAAUUAAAGGAUUCACUUGGAGGCACACUGUGAUGGAGGGUGCAUCUGGAGGUUUUUCUUAUAACCCCCAAAAUUGAAGAUUCACAACUAUCAUAAUCACAUCAGCCUAGUCUCUUAUUUUGUGUAGCUCUAUAAAAGGACAUUUUUGGAGGGUCAGUAAAAUUGGGUAUUUCAUUCUUCCCUGUUUACUUUCACAUGCCAUACUUCAUUACUAGUUUGCAUCAAAAAAGGGAAGCUGCAAUUUAUGCUAGGCAACUUUGUUUUUGAUUCUUUCAUAUAGAAACCCUUAUUCAUUUGUAUCUGAAACCAAUCAGUUAAAAAUUCUUAUUUUUUUAAAGAAUGCAAAGGAACACAGCAUUGAAUAUGCCAGUAUGGGAUUGUUCUUUAAAAGCUUUGUACACAAAAAUUGAAAAAAAAUCAUUUUCAAUAAAAUUAUACAUGAA